UGUAGUUCGCCUCUCCUUUCGCGGAAAGACACAAUUUCGCAGUGCAAACGCUUACCAGCAUAAUUUCCAAUCUGCUCACCCUGUGGCGCCACCAAAAAGUUUGAUAAUCGCUGUUAUUUUUGUUUUGGCUCCAUUACCGCAAUCCAAAGCCAAGCCAAGCAAACUGCCGAUCUGAUCCCCGGCCAUUGCCAAACUUCUUUGUCCGUCCACUACGUAUUUCACUCGCCGUGUGUUCCCUGUUCCAACCAAUCUGCAUAUGAAAUGAUUACCCACGCGUACGUACGAUACGUGGAUGAUAGUACCCACGCAAUUGUGCCCAUCUCGAGCAUCAAAGAUUUUCAUCCGAGUGGGCCCACCGACUUCAGCGACAAAACGAAGUACUACGUAAGAUGGCAUGCUGGCGACAGUGAAUUCUACAGAGCCCGGAUACUUCUGUUGGGAGUCUCUGAAGAGGAUGUCACGGUGAAACUAAAGAACGGGAGACUACGUGUCCGUAAAGUCAUCGAGAGCUCCGACUACUCUGAAGAGGAUUCACUGACCACCGAGAAGGAGAAUGUCAAGGCGCAGAAGAAACACAUGAAAGAGAGACAAGCCACAUCAACGAAGGCGGACUUGAUGCGGAUACUUGAGCUGAAGAAAAAACAAGCGACUGCAAAAAAGCCAGAGGCCAAGGGGGACCUCGAAGAGCUGCAAGCCAAGUAUGACAGGGCGCAAAGGCAUAUCACACGGUUGGAGAGGGAGCUCAGCCAAGUUAGGCAGCUCAACAUUAAUCUGCAAGAGAUUGUAAUAAAGAAAGUGCAAUCUUUAAAAGAUGAAGAAAAAAAAUGUCAGUGCCAAAAAAAUGAGCGUGCUGCAUUUGGCUUUGACGCUGCAACUGGCCCUGCCCUGGUGGGUGCCCUCCCUGCCCCCGCUGUUCGUGCCCCUGCCCUGCCAGCUGCCUGUGCCCGUGUCCUGGCUGCUCCUGUCCCUAUGGCCCUGGCUGCUCCUGUCCCUGCGGCCCUGGCUGCUCCUGUCCACGCGGCCCUGGCUGCUCCUGUCCCCGCGGCCCUGGCUGCUCCUGUCCCCGCCGCCCUGGCUGCUCCUGUCCCCGCGGCCCUGGCUGCUCCUGCCCCUGCAGCCCUGGCUGCUGCCCCUGAACUUGCCGCACUGCCAAUUGCAGACCGUGCUGAACGGGACGCUCGCUUGGCAGAAAAUGAUGGUCAUAUGGUGGACAUCGGAAACGGUGUUCUUGUGGACCAGGCAUCGUUGCUUCUGGCACAAGGGAAAAGAGAUGCCUUGUUUGUGAAGGACCUGGCUGUGGCUGUCUUCGGAUCUCGGCUGCUAAUGGACAGUUCGGUCCUUGGACGUCAUUGCCCGAAGAAGCCAGGCCAAGAGAGGAAGCCGGCCCUCUGCCCCACCAAACUCUCUGUCCUGAAAAAUGUCUACGUGGCUCGCCUUGUGAACAAAGGCAUGCCGGAGAGGUUUGCCAAGGCCGGAGCCAAGGAUGUCACCAGAUUUAUUAAUGAAAAAAUCACUGAGCUGAGGAGGCUUGACUCUAGGAGGAAAGCUGCACAGGAAAAGUUUGACCUGGAGGGAGGUGUGGAACCGGAGGGCAACGCCUGAGCAACAGAGGAGGCCGAAUGAGUUCAUUUCAAUAAAAAUUU